CUAAGAAUUGAGAUUGGUCAACAACUGUACUUUGCUUGUUAAAAGGAAAAAAGGUAGAGUCUUUUUGUCUUUCUUGAUUUGGGUAUAGAAUGGAGGAAAAAUAUGAGCUUUUGAAAGAACUUGGUGCUGGUAAUUUUGGAGUGGCAAGGCUAGUUAAGGACAAGAAGACAAAGGAGCUUUUUGCUGUCAAAUAUAUAGAAAGAGGGAAGAAGAUUGAUGAAAAUGUGCAGAGAGAAAUUAUAAAUCAUAGAUCGUUGGGACAUCCAAACAUUAUCAGGUUUAAAGAGGUAAAUACUUCCUUUAUACCUGUUUGUUAUGAAACUGAGAAAUGAUAUCUUCCCUUGUAC